AAAAUCUCCCGCAGGUCUUUUCGUUGCGGCACGUGGAACGAUUCGUCGACUGGUUCAGCGCUGAUCAGUUAUUUGAGAGUAAAUUGAUCAUCUCGACCAGGAUCAUCAAUCAAUUAUGGCAAGUUUGAAGACCGAUAACCCGGAGAAACCAGGAGCGGAGGUUGCACCGAUUCACCGCAUCAGGAUAACUUUGACAUCUCGCAAUGUGAGAUCCCUUGAAAAAGUUUGCUCUGAAUUAAUCAGUGGUGCUAAAAAGCAGAAGUUAAAGGUCAAAGGACCCGUUCGCAUGCCCACUAAGAUCCUGAGAAUCACUACACGUAAAACACCUUGUGGUGAAGGUUCAAAGACCUGGGAUCGUUUUCAGAUGCGCGUCCACAAGCGUGUCAUUGAUCUUUACUCGCCAUCUGAGAUCGUCAAGCAGAUCACUAGCAUUUCUAUUGAACCUGGUGUAGAGGUUGAGGUCACCAUUGCCAACGAUUAAGUCGUUCACCAUCAAGAAAAUAUUUUAAUAAAUAUUUGACACACAU